UUCUUUUCCAUAUAUGUCUGCAGUAUCAUAAACUAAAAGCAUAAACAUUUAUCUAAAUAAUGUUAAAUGUAAAAAUCUAAAAUUUUUAAAAUGUUGAUGAUUGAUGAGACAACGAUCAGAAGCUGGAGAACGUCUUGAACUAGGACGGAGAGAAGAUGAAACCAGGAAUAUCUUCAAGGUUGGGCUUCUCAUCCCAGAGUUUACUCUGGAGAAUGAGAUUGAUCAGACCCUGCUCCGGUUCCAAACUAACCAGAACUGGGUUCAGCUUGAGAUCAUCAAGGUUCGGGUUACUCCAGGGGAUAGUUUAAGGAACCUGGAAGCUGUGUGUCAGCUUAUCUCUGCUGGAGUCUCAGGAAUUCUUGUUUUUCGUCCCGGUUCUGCUUUUCCCAUCCUACAAUCCAUAGCUGAAGUACUUCGGGUUCCUCUUCUGACGGUACAGUUUAGAUAUUUCGCACCUGGAUCUUUCUCUGUCAACCUUGCUCCAAGUUCUCUCUCCCUUGGUUCGGGGAUCUCUAGCCUACUCUCCGGGGACCUGGAUACUCUUGUGUUUUACGAGGAUUGGUCAGAUCUUCUCUCUCUAGAGAACCUAUUCCGGGAAACCUCAGGACGGAGAUCUACAGAGUUUAUCAAACUCUCCGAUAUGCCCAGCACACCUGACCUAGAGGAGAAAAGAGUAAAUAUUGUUCUUGCGUCCUGCAACAAAGAGGAAGGAUUAGAGUUUCUAGAAACUUUACUCGUCAGAGGUCUCCUUGGAAGGCGAAAACGGAUAAUUCUUCCUUGUCUCCAUUUUAAUAUUUCCCAUCUUAAAAGAUUUCACUCUCUGGGAGCAGAGAUAGUUCUUCUUUCUCUAGAUACAGAGGAGAAGUACAACCUGGAGUAUAUGAUGCUUGUUGACGGAUUAGAUAUUUUAUCUAAAAGUUUAGCAUCGUUAAACAUGGCUGGUCAGCUUACUCAUCCUCAACCCAGAACCUGUACAAACUCCACGGGUUGGGAGGACGGAUACAAGAUCUUGGAGAAAAUGAGAGGGACGAGUUUCCUCGGAGAAAGCGGGAUGGUUUCUCUGGACGAAACCGGAGUAAGAUCCUCAUUUUCUUUAAAGGUAUCGGAAACACAGUUUGGGAAGAUUGUCGCCAACGGAAUCUGGACUCCGCAGUCUGGAUAUCUCAGAUCUAAGGAAAUUGAGAUUUCCGAGUUUUUUAGUCCGAAUACGGAAAAGAUUGAAGGCCGGCUAGUGGUAGCAACUAUUCUAAGCUCUCCCUACACUAUGACACCAAUGACGAAUCAAGGAGAGAAAUCUCCAAGCUAUGAAGGGUUUGCUAUCGACCUUAUCAACGAGAUAUCAAGUAUAGUUGGGUUCAACUACACUCUCAACGUAGUAUCAGGAUACGGAUCUGAGAACCCAGACGGAUCCUGGAACGGAAUGAUCGGAGAAAUCUUGGAAGGACAGGCAGACCUUGCAAUAGCUGAUCUGACAAUCAACUAUCAACGAGAAAAGGUUGUUGAUUUCUCCAUGCCCUUCCUGGAUCUUGGGAUUUCCAUCCUAUUCGUCUCUUCUCCGUCCAAGUCAAUAAACAUAUUUUCCUUCAUAACACCUCUCUCCGGAGAAGUUUGGAUCCUGACUUUGGUCGGAGGAAUCUCCGUCUCUCUUACAUUGUUCUUGAUUGCUAGAGUUUCUCCGUUAGAAACUGCGGAGCUGGAUUCAUCUGAAGGGGUGAGCCCUUUUCUAUCUCUGAGACAUUGUUUCUGGUUUUCUGCUUCCUCCUGGGUCCAGCAGGGGUGUGAUUUCCUACCCAGAGCAUUCUCAACCCGAACCGUCGCCAGCUUCUGGUGGUUCUUCACCCUCAUCAUGAUCAGCUCCUACACAGCGAACCUUGCAGCUUUCCUUACCAUAGAGAGAAUGGAUUCUCCGAUUUCCUCCGUCCAAGAUCUGGCCAAAUCCGACCUAAAAUACGGAUCUAUUGAGUCGGGUUCAACUCUCUCAUUCUUCAGUGAGUCUGAUUCUCCGGUCUAUAAGAAGAUGUGGAGCAAAAUGCAGAGUUGGGGAGACAGUUUGGUCAAAUCUAACCAGGAGGGGAUAGAUAAGGUUCUCAUGGAGAAUGGUGGAUAUGCAUUCUUCAUGGAAUCCACAUCUAUAGAAUACCAGAUAGAGAGAAACUGUAAGCUAACCAAGGUUGGAGGAAACCUGGAUUCUAAAAGCUACGGGGUUGCAAUGAGAAAGGGUUCCCAUCUCCGGUCCAGGAUUAGUAGUGCUAUCAUCAGGUUGAGACAGGACGGAGUACUGGAGAGGUUGAAGGAGAAGUGGUGGAGAGAGGAGAGAGGAGGAGGGUUGUGUUUAGAGGAGGAGUCAUCUGGAGGAGUUAGUAAACUAACCUUACAUAAUCUAGGAGGGAUAUUUCUAGUUCUUCUUCUAGGACUAGUUCUAGGAUCUAUAGUUGCACUCCUUGAGGUUAUCUGGGUCUUCUGCAAGAAAAGAAAUUUAUUGAUUUGA